CAACAAUCACUUCGUAUUUCCUGAGAUGGGGAGGACAGCGAAGAGAGGGCCCGUUUUGAAAGACAGAUGUCAUUAAAAUACAGAGUCUGAGGACCUGCAGCUUGAAAUCCUAAUAAUGGAUGAGCACCAGAAGAAACUCAAUCAGCGGCAUGAAGGAAGGCCCCGCAAAGUGAGGUUCAAAAUAUCAUCAGCUUACAGUGGUAGAGUGUUAAAACAAGUCUAUGAAGAUGGGCAGGCACUCGAGCCCCCAGCCAAAGAGCGCACUCGGCACUUUCUGCGCCACAGCUUCGAGCCAGGGGACCAUUUCUGUGGGGCUGGGGAAAUGCCAGAAAGCAGGUUUUACUCGACAGCCAAGAUGACUGCCCAGCGGAUCAGCAUAUUCAAAGAGGAUAAGAAAUAUGGUCUCACCAGUAACUCACCUCUCCUCAGUGACUACCAGUCUAGCGACAGCCUUUGCAAGGCUUCCCCAAUUAUAGAUUUUGGCAAGAUCAUAAUCUACACUAAUAACCUGAAAAUCGUCCGUGCGCCAAUGGACCAGAGAGAGCUCAUGAGAAGACUCAUCCAGACUGAGGGAAUAAAUGACUGGACCUUCAUAUACCGGGAAAGGAAAGAAAGAUUUGGUGGUGGACAUAGAAAAGACAUUGACAAAAAUUUUGCCUGCAACCAGUAUGUGCAGGAAGGGGAUGCUGAACAUGGUUGUUCCCAGUGUAAAGGGUCAGGCUCAGCUCCUUGCUCACUGUGCCAUGGAAGCAAGUUUUCAAUGCUGGCAAACAGAUUCAGAGAGUCCUACAGGGCUCUCCGAUGUCCAGCUUGCAACGAGAGAGGCCUGCAGCCCUGCCAGAUCUGCGCUGCCUGACCAGGACUGCCACCCCUGCAGCAGGCUACAGGCACCACAGCAAUAUUGUGUUAAAAACUGGUUUAUUUAACCUUCAAGCAGCCUCACUAUAAUGACAAGGGAAAGGCACAUGAUACGUAUCUCACCACCACACCUCUGCUACUGACUGUCCCUCUUGCCUGCUACAUACACCUGUCUAACUUUCAAAUCAGGCCAGAUCCCAGUGUCUGCAUGGUGAGCAUAUCCCCUGACAGUAGAGGAAAUUAUCAGCGUUUGGAAAUUAAGCACCUCUGUAAAUGUCUCUGGCAUCUGGAACCCAGCCUGAAUUUGCUGGCACUAGCCCUCAGUCAGGUGUUUGGUGCCCGGCACAGCCAGGUCCUGACCCACCAGGCACUCCAGUAACAUCAUUAAAAGCAGCAGAAGUAGGUGCAGUCUGGGCACGUCAGUAAUGUGUCAGGGUGUAAAGUCUGUAAUGACAACAGCAAAGCAGUGCCUCCCCAUGGUUUUAAUUUGCUGAAUGUUUUAAAAUUACACUGUUUUUUGCAGUUAACUCUUUACUUUCCCUGCAGUGUCACAAGCAUUUCCUGAAGAUUUUGCCGACUCUUAUAUCUGCUUUAGUGGACACAAUGAUUCCUUUGAGGUCUGAUUCAUGGGGAAAAUUGAAAACCCUUUCUGAACCUGGAGCUAUAAAAAAAUGAACAAUAAUUUAUUGUUAUAGAUAGUGGUUAUUAAGUUUUCAGCUUACUUAUGAGGAACUGCUGAACCAAAAUUCCCCUGUACGAUGCUCAGCAUUUUUCAGGAUCAGGCUGAUGGUGAGCAGGACUUCUGCUGCUUAAUAUUAAUCCCGUUUUGUAAUCUGCAGAAGGUAAACUGUAAUUAGUUGAGGUGAAGCAAUGAUAUGGGGAUACUUUGCAGGCUGCCACUGGUGGCAGAGAACACAGGGGAUUCAAGGAAUUGAGGCAAACAGGGGAAACUAUUUUUUUCCCAAAGUAUUAACCUGUUUCAUUUUAUAUUCGUAAGUAAUGUUAAUGCAGCCUUAACUUGCACAUUGCCUCUGAGACUCUGAUGAGGUAAGAGACUGCUCACAUGUACUUCGUGCUGAGGUUGCAAGCUUACACAGGGUAGUUUAUGGCCAAGUUUGUUUUCCUAUGGUAGGUUAUAAGAUUUCUCUACAAAAACUUAAAUUAUUAGAAAUAAUGCUGUUUUAAGUCUUAGACUUCUAUGUCUCCUACUGAAAUUGUUCAGUGGGUACUGAGGGUUUAUUUUUCAGAAAAUGUGCAUAAAUCCAGAGCAGAUACUUGGCUGGCUGCAUUUAUCCUAUCAGGAUCUGCAAUAUAAAAAAAUGUAGUCCCUGAGGUAUUCAUUGAGGGCAGGCGAGACCUCACAAAUCAGAAAUUGUUGUCAAGCGGAUCUCUUCCCUCAAAUUGGACCUGUUUGAUCUCAUAGUUUGUUUGGCUUGUUUAAAAUUGCUGGCUUAAGAUAAGAAAAAAGCUACCAGGCAAAGUUGUUGCCUGAUAGUUUACUGUUUACAAUUAAACUAGAUGCAAAUACCCAUUUAUAAAAUCAGUAUUUAUUGUUCUUUGGUAAUUAUGUCUCAGCCACCAUUACUCCUCCUGGUGUGUCAGCUAUUCCCAUCGAUCCCGACACGUCCCUGUGGCGAUGCUGGCAGCCAGCUGUGCUUUCCCUGGUGUAGCCUGGUGUCCUGCUGGCCCAGCGGGCUGGGGGCCAUGGCACUUGUCCACAUACAGCGUCAGGGCUGGGCUGCAAGCAGACGCGAUCCCAGCAGCACCACCUGGAUUUGCUCCCUCCGCUUCAAUGUGCUCAUUUUAUUUUUGCUAAUACACUGACUCAAUUUGCCCAAUAAACGCUCUCUUGUUUCAUGUGAAACAAAGGUUUGAGCUUUCCUAAAGCAUCGCGUCAAGGCUAUGGGUUACUUUUACUGCUUUGCUGGAUUUUGGCCCCGCGGGUCUGGGGCUGCGGCUCCAGCAGGGCCAAGGCCUGAGGCGCGAUCCCAGCCACAGCCCUUGCUGGCCGCCCAGGCAGCGCUGCCCGUGUGUCCUCCGGCUCGGAAAGCAGUGUCAAGAGAACAGACUUGCCCAGGGCCACCACUGCUCCGGGCCAUCGCCAUGGCCUGCAGGCAGGCCCAGGCCCGCUGUGAGGCACCAA